AUGGAUCGUCCAGCGACCACCAUCUAUAAGUACGAUCAUGGAUUUGUGCUUCUUGAAGACUUGGAGGAUUGGUACAAACGAGGAUUAUUGAAUAUGAAUGAACGCGUCACGAUUUAUAAUGGGAAGCAGAAGACGAGUCAUAGAAUUAGCACCUGGAUUCUGAUGUACGGCUACGAGUACCCGUUCCGUCAGUACAAAGAGCUCCUCUACGAAUCUGGCGCUUCUGAUGUCGAAGACAAUGAGCCAACUACAGUAACCAAAACCCCAGCGCCACCACCAAAAUACAACUGGGAUCACAAAGACACUCCAUCCGAUCUCCCAGUGUAUGAUUGGAAUGCGCCAACGCGAUUUGUCACCGACGACGACAAAAAUGAGUACCAGGGACCACCAGGGCUUAAAAAGUGGCAACCAAGUGGACCCCCAGGCGUCCCACUCCACCGGACGACCCUACAUGGACCACCAGGACUCUUCAAUGGACCACCGGGUCUUCGAAUUCCGGCUCCACCUGGUUUGAACUUUGCCAACACUCAGAAAAAUGAAAAUUUGGCUCCGCCCACUUUUCACAGAUUUGGAUGA